AUGUCGCGCUACAGGAGCGUAAGACGCGCACAAGAGCAGCAGCAAGAGCAUCAACAACACAGUGCACCACCAGUCCCCGCAGUUCCCGCAGUGCCUUCCAUGCCAGCAGGAUCCGACAUGGAGCCCAAGAAAGACGCCCCUAUCAGCAGGAGCAUGAGUCGCUACCACCGCCGACCGACAGUCACGCACGCGACCACCCCAGCGCUGCCCCCUCCGCGCGCCAACGCCGUGCUGACGCCGCAAACACCCCUCGACACAGCAGCCCUCCUCGUCGCGAACACGCGCUGCGAGCUCCCCCCAGAAUGCCUCGAACCCAGCGAAACACCGCCCCCGGACGGCGAGAACGCGGCCGAGGACAGCGCGCGGGAGCUCUUGCAGAAAGAGCGCGAGCGGCAGCGGCUGAUGAAGGAGAAAUACGAGGCCGAAGCGCGCACACAGAGGGAGGCCAAACAAGCCGAGCUGGAACGGGUGGAAAGGCUGCGACGGGAGGAGGAGGAAGCUGCACUGCGGGAAGCCCAGCGCGAGGCCGAAGAAGCAGAAGCCCUGCGCAGACAAGAAGACGAGCAGCGGGCCGAGCGCGAUCGGGGCAAGCGGCUCCGCAAGGCAGAGGCCCACAAAGUGCUCCAGCAGCGAGAAGAGGAGGCCCGCAGAGUGAAAUUGGAAGAGCUCGAGCGCAAGGCAAAGAUUGAGGAGCAGAGGCCUCGCACUGCAAAGGCCCCGUCUUCUUCAUCUCCUGUAUCGCCCCCACGGCACGACACCAACUUUGGCCUCUUCAAGCGGAGGAAAGACGACCUGACUCCAGAAGCUCCUGUUGUUGCAUCGAAAGCGCCUCAGCUCGCUUUAGAUCUCGGUGACCACCGCCAGGCAGAGACGAUCAAGCCAGGAGGUGGCGGCGCAGUCCGAGGAAUUGACGCGCCAACAUCCGCUGUGAACGCUGGGGAUAGGGUAGUCGUGUGUGGCCAGAAGCGUAUCCUACUGCCAGUCACGCCCACGACUACCCCUCUCGAUUUGAUCAAGACAGCUGCCACGGUUCUGACUGAGCCAAUUGACGUCCGAACAGCAGUCAUGCAAGAGCUGUUUAUCAAAGUCAGCAUCAUGCGACCCCUGCGCAACUACGAGUACGUGCGGGAUGUCAUGAACUCUUGGGAUGCCGACAACCAGAACGACCUCACCAUCAUUGACUCGGAACUCGACGGCAUCGACCAGGACGACCUCCUUGCCUACAAAGUACCCGAAACGAGGCCAGAUGGCAUGUCCUGCUUCAUCCAGUACUCGUCACGUCCUGGCAAAUGGUCGAAACGCUACCUCACCCUAAAACCUGAUGGCCAACUAGUCAUGGCCAAGAACGAGAAGGCGAAAGAGAAGGACCAAGAGAACAUCUUGACCAUGACAGACUACGACAUCUACACAGUCACGCAAAAGAAGCUGGCCAUGGUCAAGCCACCAAAGAAGAUAUGCUUUGCCGUCAAGAGUUUGCAAAAGUCAAACAUCUUUGCCGACGAGUCGCAAUAUGUGCACUUCUUCUGCACCAACGACAGAGAUACAGCAACCAUGUUCUACAAGGCCCUACAGCGCUGGCGAAGCUGGUACUUGAAGCAUCAACUGGGCGAAGGUGCCAAGAAAAAGACCCACGCACAGCGAAGCGUCUCCGGUGCCGCAGGAGGACCGGUUGCAUCAUCUCAUACGAGGGGAGAGUCUGUGGGAUCUCACUACCAACUUGGGACCUUUUCAUCGUUCAUGGAUCUUGACGGCUUAAACAAGACAUUGGACUCGAUUGAAGUCCAUAAGCCGGGAGAGUUCCCAGACGACAAGCCUUUAGCAGGGCUCGGUGCCAACGCUAUGCACGCCCCGUUCCCUCACAUAACACGCAACAAGAACCAGCGAGACAAAGCUUGGGACCAACCAGAAGAGGAGACAUUCGCGGCGACCGGACUUCUCGGUCGAGCAUACACGACCCGUCAAAAGGCAGUACAAGAGCGAGAGCAAAAGCAAAACGGUCCGUUCACAGAUGGCCCAUCACUGAUUAGUGGCAUGGACCGUAUGGCUGCGACGAACAAUGAGUCAGGCUUGAGCCGCAGAUCUUCUGUGCACAGCACGCGCAGCACCCACCACAAGCGCAACUCAAGCGACCUCAAACGCACUGUCUCAAAGCGCGCACCAGGUAUGCCAGAACCUCUGAUAGACCUGACACCAACGUACCGCCCGCCGCCCCAACACUCCAAAAACGGCAAGGGUAAAGGCUACACACCCGGAGCUCGCAGCGGUCCAUUAGUAGAGAGCGCAACGUCAAUCGAGGAGGCAAUCGCAGUACCUCCAUCCUCCGACUGGCGUGCCCGACCAGCGACAGCUUCGCGUUACCAUGGCAACUACGGACGCACCAGGUCACUAAAGGGUCGCGGUGAGCCACUGGCCGCUUAUACGCAAAACAACCACACCGCGGCGCCAGAAGACGAUAGCGAGGCAUUUACUGGCGGUCUACUCGCACAAGCUGGGUACUCACAAGGUCCCGCCACCGCUGGUCGAGGAGUCAUGGAUGGCUCAAAAGCCACAGGUCCCAUGAUCAAUCUCAAAGAGGGUAAUCAGAUUGCGCCAGGUAGUCUCUUGUCCGCUCUGCCUGACUCGGGUGGGCCCAUCAUCGAUCGCUCGGGGAAGUAG